AUGUCUAUAUCAUUGUUGCCAAAAGAAAUACGACUGCAAAUUUGGGCUCUCGCGUACUACAAUGAGCCGCCUCGCCUGGUUGCACUGGAGACGAAGCCACACGACGAAAAUCAUGACGAAAUGCACUUUUGCCCGCGGUACUCUCCUAGCCCUGCGCCGACGGUGGUAAACAUAUGUCAUGAGUCGCGCGAAGAAGCUCGUUACCAGGCUAUGAAAGCAAACCAUAUUGUGGAGCUACCGUCGGAUAUUCCAGGUACUGGCCGUGGCGAAUUUCACUUCCGCAUCGAUACCGACAUACUGUUACUUCAGCUAGAAGGGAAGCGCGUGAAACAUUACGAUGACUCGCCCGAAAUAGGAUUGUUGGCUCACUUCAGACGUGCGACAGGCUGCAACCCCCAAGAGCUGCAAAAAGUUGCCGUUACAAAGAUAAUCCUGAAUGGAUUUAGGGACGGUAGCCUAUCAAACGUCUUACGCGACUUUCCCAAAAUAUCGCACAUGGCCAUGAUGCUUACAGAAGACAUUUGGGAGGAUGAUUUAGAGAAAGAGCUAUUUGUUCGCGCCGCUGCGAGGAUAGUCCGCAUGUACAAGAUCGACCUAAUGAACCAAGCUACUAGCCAAGGGAAGACGUUCAAGCCACAUCCAUUCAACGUGGACUUUGCAAAGCUUCGCCAUGGUCAGCUGGAUAUAGUAUCGAAAGAGGUUUGGAGCGAAUGGAGUGACGGGAGAGAUGACGCAUACGAUGAACAACCUGUGCGCAUGCUUGACGGACAAACCUGA